UAAAUCGUCCCAUCAAUUUAAAUUGACAAUUUAACCACAAUAUAUAUAUAUACAUACAUGUACGAACUCUAAGUGUAAGAGCACAUUAAACGAACUGUUCACAGGAAAAUGAGUUACUUGGUCAUCUUAUUCACCCUCUGUGGAACAACACUUGACCUAAUAGGAUACGACUGCAACGGCAACCAUCUGAACGUCACCACGAUCUCGCUAAAUUCUAUUGGAGACUGCAAUAUAAAACCCAUACACACGGAAAGCCAGGAAACGUAUAUACAAUUACUGCAACUCUCGGAAUUCGAAUUCGCCAAUAUUGGGCAAUGUAAGGUACAGAUAACACGAAUUAUAUAUUACUGCGGCAUGCACUCCCAUACAUCAGAAGUACAUAACGGAUUAGCCGACUACCUCUACGAAACGACAGCCCAACAAUGUGCGAGAAUACACCAGGAUGGCACGUUUUCUCUUGGACCAGAAAAUUACAUAAUAGGCUUGAGGGAUAACACCACAACUACACGAUCACUUGUUCUAGCUGGAAAGCUGACAAACGAUGGCAGCUGCCAAGGAACACGGUAUUGGGAUCAUAACGGAAGUUGGGAAGGAGUUGUCGUACAAGCCACAGUAAAGAUAAGCCUCAGAUCAGGAAUAGCCCCGGUGCGAAUAGAGGCGAACAAAAUCCUACUAAAAUCAGGAACAGUUUGCGCCUUCAAUGAAGGAACUUGUUUGGACGCAGAAGACGGAUAUACCUAUUGGCAGCCAUACCCACCCUCUACAUGCAAAUUCGAUCAAUAUGAUGUGUUAUAAGAAGGAAUUGCUACUAAAAUCCAAGAAAUAAAAAA